AGUACAUUUUUUCAUCAGCCAUUAGCGUUCAUUGGCUCUGCCGUUCGUUUCGUUCCGGAAACCAUUUUAGGGCAAGAGUUCAUUCAAACCCUAAUUUGUAGGUGGUGCCAGCGAAAAUGGGGAAGCAACCGGUGAAAUUGAAGGCGGUGGUGUAUGCUCUGUCGCCAUUCCAGCAGAAGGUGAUGCCUGGCCUCUGGAAGGACUUUCCGACCAAGAUCGCCCACAAGGUCUCCGAGAAUUGGAUCAGCGCUACUCUGCUGCUCGGUCCGCUCGUCGGCACCUACUCAUACGUGCAGUGGUAUCAAGAAAAGGAGAAGAUGGAACACAGAUACUGAAGUCGAUGAAUGGGUCUGAGAAAAGCUAAAGAAGACAGAGACGACUAUCUAUCCUGCUGCAGUAAUUAAUAAUGCAUGCAUGGAUGCAGUAGUUGUUCUUGAGCUCUCUGCUGUCCAGAAGUACAUAACCACCUUAAUGAAAUGCCUCCUGUCUCACCUCGGUUCGACGCUUGUAGCGUCUCCGCUGAUGAAAUUGGUCAUCCUCAGACAAAAGGCGUUGAUGAUGACAGAGGCACGCCCCUCUUCCUGGGAUCAUCUCCAAUUGAGGGCCCGGCCAGGUUCACCAACUUCCCCACACACAUGGAGUCAGCAGGGUAAGGUCCCCCGGUGACAUCAAUGAUCGGGAGUAUCAUUCCCGAAUGGUAUGCAGUGUUCACCUGAAAUAAAUGUUCGUCAGCCGACCUGAGGUAGAUGAGAUGGAAUCGACUCAAGGAAGAGAGUCAGUGAUAGUGGAACGGUCGGUACCCGGACAAUGUUUUUGCCAUGGAAAAUCAGCUGCAAUCCAGUUAACAGCUCCAAGAACACAACCCGGAGGCUAUAAACCUCGCUCUUGAGGAAAUAAUCGGGAUCCAGAUAUCCCUGUAAGAAGCAGAUGUCAAGUUAUAGGAUAGUUGGUCUUACGAAAGAUAUAUAUAUGUUGGAGGAGGUCUAGGUCUAGUUUUGUUACAUACAGGGGUUCCCUUCCCUUGACUACGGUAGAUACGUGACUGUGUUCUGAUCCCUCGAGAUCUGGCACCUGAGCAAGUCGGGACAGCCCAAAAUCGGCAACCUUGUCUGUGUACUUAGAAUCCAGCAAUAUGUUGGUUGCUUUGAUGUCCCGAUGGAAUAUCGGAGGAUCAGCUUCCGUGUGAAGGUAGAGAAUGCCCCGUGAAGCGAUCCUUACUCUCAUUGGCAUCUUGUACUUCCCUGUAAUGUCAUUGACAUUUUGUGAUACCGGAGGACCUUCGAAGAACGGCAUGAACUAAUGAAGUCGAGAUUUACUGGAUAGGUGAUCCUUCAGUGUUCCGUUGGGCAUGAACUCGUAAACCAGCAUCUGCAUUGUUAAGUUAAUGUCGAGAUGGCUAUCUUUGUGCGCUUAAAAUAUAGGACAUACAUGAUCAUACCUGUUCGCGCUCUUCAUCGCGGUAUCCGACCAACUAAACCAAGUUUCUGUGAUGCAAUCUCGACGGCAGUUCGAUUUCUGUGAGGAACUCCUUGAAGCGAUCCCUCUUUUAUGGCCACAGCAGUUCCAUCAGCAAGGGUGCCUCUGUAAACCUUCCCGUAUCCUCCUUGCCCGACCUGGCUCGAGACAUCAAAGUUGCUCGUCGCCAGUGCCAUUUCAGCGUAAGUGAAAUUCUUAAUGCUAUCAAUUUUGAUCGAUGCUCUAGAUGCUGCCAUUGUGUGAAAACAAGGAUUGCUUACGUAGUGUGGCGGAUAGGCAAAAAGAAUGUGCUGAACUUAGCAAGUGAAGUAUUUAUUAUCGAAAGAAAGAUGCUAACAGAGGCGCCUUUUCGAAGAAUUGUGUUGUUUCUGGAGGCGACGUCUUAGGACAAGAAGCAAGACCAUAGCAGAUACAGUGAGUGUUGCAGCAGCUAAUGUCCUGAGUAUAAUGCCUGCUAGAGCACCCUUGCUCAUACCUGACGAUGAUCCUGGGGGAAAUUCUGUGAAAAGGUAACUAUAAACAA